AUAUAUUGAAAUAUAUCUUUUAACUUAUUCUGGUUGCAUUUUAUUUGCUUCAAAAUUGAAUUCCACUAAAACAGGUCGAUUGAAUGUCGCGAGCGUUCCCUCAUUACCUUUAAUCAGAUAAAUAGUAAGCAUGGAGCGAGAAAUGGCCAGCAUAGCUGAUUCACAGGACGAGGACAUUGAUGAAGAUGAAGCGGAAGCGAUCCUACCAGCUGAGCUGGAUGACGAAUUCUAUUCCCAACUUAUCCAGAAAGCCAACCAGAUUUCGAAGUACUUGCAAGCUGCUGGUCAGGUAGAAUUGAACGCGGAAUCCAAUAAAAUGUUGGUUUUAUGCCAACGUUUGAGGAAAGAAAAUGAUGCAAAGGCUCAAGAAAUUGAAGAGAAGAAGUUUGCAAUGGAAGAUGCUGAGAAAAGACUCGUACAGGCUAUGACGCUUUCUCAAGUCGACAAUGCCAAAAUAUCUAAACUGAAAGUAGAGACUGAAAACGCUUGGAAACAAGCAGACGCCGCACAUGAAAGAGAACAACUUGCAUACGAACAAGUCUACAUCCUUCGAGAAAAGUUAAGCAAAUUAGAAGCUGAAGUGGAUAAAAGAUCUGGAAAAAAGGAAGGCGGUGAGGAAUUAAUGUCUGGUUUAUCAUCGCACAAAGAAGGUAUUUUAAAAGAGAGGGACCGUUUAUCAGCCGAAGUAGAAGAACUGAAUCGUCGAUUACAGAUCCAACGUUUAUAUACAGACGAAAUUGAGCGAAAAAGGGCUGAGGUAGAAGCAAAAAACAAGGAGCUCUACAAAUUGGUUGAUGAUGUUUCAGGAGAAGCCUAUAAGGAAAAGCGGACAAUAGAUGUUAUAAAAGAAAAGGUAGUAAUUCUCACCGCCGAAAAUUCCGCAUUAAAGGAAGAAUCUAAGGAUCUCAAAGCUCAGGCUGAUCAUUUGAUAGCAAAUAAUGUUCAGCAAAAUAUGCAAAUUCUUGCCCUUAAGACGAACUUAGAACGAGUGAAUAAUCAAUGGACUAAUGCUAGCGGGAAAUUGGCGAAAUAUCAAAGUGAUCUUGAGCACGCAAAUGAAGUAAAAGAAAAACUUCAACAUGAAUUGAAUCACAAGAACAGUUUGUUGAAGUUAAAGGAAGACGAUUUUGCUAAACUUAAAUCCGAGCUCAGUAAAAGUGAGAAAAGUAGGGAAACCCUUGUGCGAAAAUUACAAAUGAGUGAGCAAACGAGAAAUGCGCUAGAUGAGGAGCUAUCCAAGAUAAAGACUGAGGCCACCGUUCAAAGCAAGAAGGAAAACGUUAGCUCUAAGGUCGCUGAAAUGAAGGAGAAGAAAUUGCAGUUGCUUACAAGGGAGCGCAAUACACUUCAAAGUGAAAUCCCGAAAUUACAGAGAAAAAUUUAUGAUGCCGAGGAAGCAGUCAUGUUAGCACACCAUGAAAUUAGGUCUCUAAAGGAAGAGCUUAAGCAACGAGAUAUCCUUCAACAAAAGCAUAAAGCUUUCAUCUCCAAGAUCGAGGUCGAACGCGAUCGUAAUGCUGAAGAAACACAAAUUCUUGAAGAUAAGAUUGAAUCGCUAGACGAGGACUUACGCCUCAAGGAAGAAUAUAUUCUUGAAUUGAAGGAAAACGUCAAUGAGUUAAAUACCAGUUUGGUGAAAAUGCAAGGACUAUUCGAAUCAGCGCGCACUGAAAGAAAUAAUUUCGAAAGAAAUUUGCAAGGGUGCCUCGAGGAAAAGGACGAGCUCAAAAAUAAACUGUCUGUAGCUAAUCGUAAUGUGGAGCAGAACCUGGAAACGAUUAGGGCUAAAGAAUCUGAGUUACUCAGGCAGCAGAAAAAUCUUGAAAAACUUGAAAAAGAAUGUCUCAAAAUCCGAGUAGAAUUCCGAAACUUGGAAGUGAUUCUUCAAAACACUAGAGCUGAACUCAAAGAAAAACGUCUUGAAAAUGAUCGACUUUAUAAAACACUAUCUGAUGACGAGAUACGUCUUGAUAAGCUACAAAAACAACUCCAUCUUGCUAUUCAUGAAAAAGACUUGAUAGGAACUCAAAUGAUCAGACGAAACAACGAAAUCGCCUUGCUCAAAGAGAAGUUGGAAACGCUGCAAUCAGCCUUUUAUCGAGGCGAGAAGCAAUAUGCAGAACGAGUAGAAGAUAUUCGGUUGCUGAAAAUUGAAAUUAAUAAUCUACGAUCUCAGCGAAAUAUACUAAGCAGAGGUUUGGCUAAUACGGCAGAUAUGCGUCAAGAAGUCCUCCAUGUCCAUAGAGCACUAAAUCAAGAAAGAGUCAAAGUCAAAGCAUUGGAGGAAGAAGUUGUUACUCCUAUGAACGUCCAUAGAUGGAGAAAACUGGCUGGCAAAGACCCUGAGAAGUUAGAGCUUAUUAUGAAGAUUCAAUGUCUGCAGAAACGAAUACUGUCUCAAACAGUAACCUUGACAGAGCGGGAGCAAGCAUUACAAAAUUCAUGCAAAUUAUAUAACACUUUACGGGAAUUCAUGCUGAAGCUUCCAAGUUACAAAGUGAAGGAACGAUUACUGGAGACUCAGCAUGCGCUAGUAGCCCGGGACAAAAAACUAAAGGCUCUUUCCGCCGAACUUAAUGCGAAAAAUUUGGACGAAAAAAGCAAAGAAUGUGUAGUCGACGUACUUCGGUCAAAUCUAGAGGCCACAAAGAAAGAAUUAAUUCAGGAAAAAAAGAAAAAGCAAAGGUUACUCAAGGAAUGCGAAGUUAUCAAACAGAUACACUCAUAUUCAGCCCCAUCGACCUGUGUUAGAAUGGCUGGAGCUGGAUUUAAGAUGACUUUGAACACAUGAAUUUGCUGCAUUCAUACUAAUAAUAACUUUAGCCGUACUUUAUUAUUCUGUUAAGGGAAGGGCCGUACUUUACUGGAAGGGACACUUUUGACCAAACUUUCACUAUUAAAUUAUGUGGAAAAUAAAUAU